GAAGCGUACAGUGUAGCUCGACAGUUUAAUCAGAUUCCUCCAAUCAUGGAACAGACAGAGUAUCACAUGUUCCAAAGGGAGAAGGUGGAACUAUGUCAUCCGGAGCUCUUCCAUAAGAUUGGUGUCGGCACCAUGACGUGGUCUCCUCAGGCUUUUGGAUUGAGUGGAAAGUUUGAUGAAGGAAUCACUCUCCUUUCCAGGGGCUCUAUAAGGCACUAUUCAGGGACCACUGACAAAACUGUAACGGACGAGAAUCGCAGUCCAAGACAUCAAUCUAAAAUUCAACAACUUUCCUUUACCGUGGAGAAGUUAGGCUGUACAUUAAACCAGUUAUUCAUAG